AUGUACCAAGUGAAUAAAGAACUGAACAGCGUGAAAGUAUUUGAAAAAAUUAUAGAGUUCUCUCUUCCUGAUGGUGGUUUGGCAUGCAAUAAAGUGAGUUGUCUGCUUUGGAGUGGAUCGGAGCCUCAGCUAUGCAUUGUUGGAAUGGAUGGAAGUGUUUCAAUGUGGAGUGUGAUUAAAGCGAACAAGGAAGCAAUCAAAUGUUUGGGCAAUGGUGCUCUUGGUGAGCCAGCUAACUGCAUCUGUCGCAGGGCUAUCAGUCAGUCCGACGAAGCUGAUCAGGAACAAACAAACACGGAAGCUGGCCGCGGACCCGAUAAAUUGUCACCUCCAGCAAACGAUGCGGGAAUGAAGAAAAUAGUUGAAUAUCUAUUUUAA